CUGUCCUCCCUCCUACUGACGUCAGAGCCAGUGGCUUGUCCUCGCGGCCGGAGCUCGGACUGCGGGAGAUCUGUGCGAGGAGGAGGAGCAGUCCAAGUUUGACUUUCCCCAGACAAGGAAAAGUCUUUCACUGAACGAGGAAAAAUUAAAGGAAAAAAAAAAACAAACAAAAAAAACCCUGAAGAUUUGUGAAGAUCUGAUAAAGCGGAAUAUCGCGUCUUGUUGGCAUGGACUGACAGCCUCUCAGCCGGAGCUUCACAAACACGAUGGCAACCCGUUUUCUGAAGUGGAUCAGCCUCACCUCUCUGCUCUGCCUGGGCUCCUGCGUUCUGGCGGAAAGGAAAGUAUGCCAAGGCAUCACCAACCGUUUAAAUCUUCUGGGCUCCAAAGAAGACCACUACCUAAACAUGGUGAAGACCUACAGCAACUGCACUGUGGUCCUGGAGAAUCUGGAGGUCACCUACAUGGAGAGCCACCGUGACCUGUCCUUCCUCAGGUCAAUUGAAGAAGUGGGCGGCUAUGUCCUGAUUGCCCUCAACACAGCUCCCAGGAUUCCUCUGGAAAAUCUGCGCAUCAUUCGAGGUCAUUCCCUCUAUGAGGGAGCGUUUGCCCUUUCUGUUCUUGCCAAUUAUGACAAAGCUACAGGUCAGGGCACCAAAGAGCUUCUUCUUACCAGCCUGACAGAAAUUCUUAAAGGAGGUGUAAAGUUUGGGACAAACCAGCUAUGCAAUGUGGAGACCAUACAAUGGUAUGAUAUUAUCAACGCCGAGAACAAACCCAACAUGGAGCUCCCGGUGGCCAGCAACAACCCGCUCUGUAAAACAUGUGACUCAAGCUGCCUUAAUGGUUCAUGCUGGGCACCUGGUCCUCAAAAUUGUCAGACCUUAACAAAGCUGAACUGCGCACAGCAGUGCUCUAAGAGAUGCAAAGGAACUUCCCCAAGCGACUGUUGUAAUGAGCAUUGUGCUGCGGGCUGCACAGGACCACGGCCCACUGACUGUCUGGCCUGUCGGGACUUCCAGGAUGACGGGGUGUGUAAGGACUCCUGCCCGGGCCUCAUGCGUUACGACCCCAACCUGCACCAACUGGUACCCAACCCACAUGGAAAGUACAACUUCGGGGCCACAUGUGUCAAGAGCUGCCCCCAUAAUUAUGUUGUGACUGAUCACGGAGCCUGUGUGCGGACGUGCAGUGGUAAUACAUAUGAGGUGGAUGAAGGAGGAAUCAGGAAGUGCGCCAAGUGUGAUGGACUGUGCCCAAAAGUGUGUAACGGACUUGGAACGGGAGACCUGACUCACACCCUGUCGAUCAAUGCCACCAACAUUGACUCUUUUAAAAACUGCACAAAAAUCAAUGGUAACAUUGCCAUCAUCCACACGUCGAUUCAUGGGGAUGCAUAUACCAAAACACCAAAGAUGGAUCCUGCCCAGCUGGAUGUGUUUAAAACAGUAAAAGAAAUUACUGGAUACUUGUGGAUUCAAACCUGGCCAGAGAGCCUAAGCUCACUUAGUCCUUUUGAGAAUCUGGAGAUCAUUCGAGGACGAACUAAACGUGGUAGCCGCAGUGUGGUUAUGACUCAGCUCGGUAUCAACUACCUGGGCCUUCGCUCCCUCAAAGAAAUCAGCGAUGGAGAUGUGGUCAUCAUCAAGAACCAGAACCUGUGCUACACCAAUAAAAGCCACUGGGAGGGUCUCUUCAAAUCGAAAAGCCAGAGUGCCACCGUAGAAGAAAAUGCUGAUGCUGCCACAUGUGCUCUGAAGAACAACACUUGUGACAGGAAGUGUACCACAGACGGCUGCUGGGGUCCGGGCCCGGACAUGUGUUUCGCCUGCCGUGACUACAGCCGUGAUGGGAGCUGUGUUGACUCCUGCAACGUCCUUGAGGGAGAGCCGCGGGAGGCAGUCAUGAAUAAAACCUGCAUGGAGUGUCACCUCGAGUGUCAACGCAUGAAUGGGACUGCAACCUGCAGUGCGCCUGGUUCUGGAAACUGUACUAAGUGUGCCAACUUCCAAGAUGGACUGUUCUGUGUGUCUCGCUGUCCCCAAGGCGUGCCAGGGGAGGACGACACGCUAGUGUGGAAAUACGCAGAUAAGAUGAAAGUGUGCCAGCUGUGCCACAAAAACUGCACUCAAGGGUGCAUUGGGCCUGGUCUUGAAGGCUGCCAGAUUAAAAUCUCCUCUGGUCUUUCCAUGAUUGCAGCAGGUGUGGUCGGCGGGCUGCUGGCUGUUCUUAUUGCAGGCCUGUCUGUCUUCGUGUUGCUACGCCGACGCCACAUCAAAAGGAAGAGGACCAUGCGCAGACUGCUUCAAGAGAGAGAAUUGGUUGAACCUCUGACUCCAAGCGGAGAGGCACCAAACCAGGCUCUGCUACGUAUCCUGAAAGAGCCUGAAUUUAAGAAAAUCAAAGUGCUGGGAUCAGGGGCUUUUGGUACAGUUUAUAAGGGUCUGUGGGUGCCAGAGGGAGAGGAUGUGAAGAUCCCAGUGGCCAUCAAGGUUUUGAGAGAGGCCACGUCACCAAAAGCAAACAAAGAGAUCUUGGACGAGGCUUAUGUGAUGGCCAGUGUAGAACACCCCCAUGUGUGUCGUCUGCUCGGCAUCUGCCUGACCUCCACAGUGCAGCUCGUCACCCAGCUGAUGCCCUACGGCUGCCUGCUGGACUAUGUCAAAGAGAACAAGGACAAUAUCGGUUCCCAGCACCUGCUGAACUGGUGUGUGCAGAUAGCCAAGGGUAUGAAUUACCUGGAGGAGCGUCACUUGGUGCACCGCGACUUGGCAGCCAGAAACGUUCUGGUGAAGACUCCUCAACAUGUCAAGAUCACUGACUUUGGUCUGGCCAAACUCCUCAGUGCAGAUGAGAAAGAAUACCACGCAGAUGGCGGAAAGGUACCAAUAAAAUGGAUGGCUCUUGAAUCUAUCCUAAACAGGACGUACACACACCAGAGUGAUGUAUGGAGUUAUGGUGUAACAGUUUGGGAGCUGAUGACAUUUGGGACCAAACCGUAUGAUGGGAUCCCAGCCAGUGAAAUAGCUGGGGUCCUGGAGAAAGGGGAGCGACUGCCUCAACCACCCAUCUGUACCAUAGAUGUCUACAUGAUCAUGGUCAAAUGUUGGAUGAUUGAUGCAGAUAGCCGACCUCGUUUCCGGGAACUAAUAGCCGAGUUUACAAAGAUGGCACGGGAUCCUUCCCGUUAUCUUGUCAUUCAGGGUGAUGACUGCAUGCACCUGCCGAGUCCUACAGACACCAAAUUCUACCGCAGCCUGAUCAGCGGCGAGGACAUGGAGGAUGCUGUGGAUGCAGAUGAGUACCUGGUGCCUCAGCACGGCUUCUUCAGCAGUCCAAGCACCUCCCACACGCCGCUGCUCCACUCCACAAGCCUCAACAGCAGCAUUGGAACGUGCCACACUAGAAAUGGCUUACUGAAUGGGUUCCCGAGCAGAGAUGGAAGUUUGGUUCUCCGGUACAUUCCAGACCCCACAGACAAACUUUUAGAUGAUGCCUUCCAGCCAGCUCCAGACUACAUGAACCAGCACGGGGUCUCGGAUGUGAUGAAUCCCAUCUACCAGCACCCCGGUCCCCCUCGCACCCUCCUCCCCACCAUCUCUUCAGACGACACAGAGACAGAGUACCUGAACUGCUUUAAGAACGGGGCCAACAGACCCGAGUACCUCAACGAGGUCCCGUCCCCCGCCAUGCUCCCGCUCACCUCCAAUGGCGACGUCCGCAGCAUUCAGAAAUACCAGCCCCAGAACAGCAUAGACAACCCCGAUUACCAACAGGAUUUCACUCCCACCUUCAAGACCCAUGCCAACGGACACAUCCCAGCGGCGGAGAACGCAGAGUACCUGGGCCCAGACUGAGGAAUUAAUGGAUACGGACAAGAAAUAGGAGAUAGUUUCCUGUUCCAUUAAGAAAGAGCAUUGAUGUCUUGGCUGCAAAAGCAUACAUAAGUGGUACCAUCAAUUAUCAUAUAUGUUGUAUCCUGUCUUACAACUUCAGGUGACACUUUGUGCAGCUUUCCGUGUUGUUUGCAUGCUGUCAUACUUGUCAUGUAAAACCCCUCUCAUUCCAAAGAGUUUCUUUCUUACAACCAAACAAUACAUGACUUUUUCUUGAUGAAAGCUGGACGAAAGCUGAUUCGUACAUGACUCAGUUGACCUGAGAGCUUUUGCACCACGUACGCUCCAUCCCAACCCCUGUCAGAAAGUGAAGAUCUCUUCUGAAAAUCUCAGAAAUGAAAAUCUCUCCAAAUGUGCUGCACUAAACGCUGUAUGUGAUCCAAAUGUGUCGGUGGAGGAAUGCCAUUCAAAGGAUGUAGGCGCCUCAGUUUUUUUGGGAGGCAAAAGCUCUAUUGCAAAAGAAGAGAAAGUGGCAGCUCAACCCCAAACACAUAUUAAGGUACAUGUGUUGUAGAAUCACAAGUCAAGGGACACGAUCAGCAAAAAGUAUUGGUAAGUUUGAAUGGAAAGAGUUGAUAACACACAAUGGUGCACUCACUUAAUGCUCUAUGUGAAGCCUCAGAACAUUUCCCUUUGGUGAAGUCAAGAGGACGACGAAAGGGAGUAAAAUGCCGGCCUGACUGUUGGGGUCCUCAGAGGCGUGACAACGCUCUUCCUGAAGGAUGAGUCAGUGAGGAAACAAGAUGUUUGAAUGUGUAGAAUGUAUAGUCAUCUUAAAGGGGAAUACUGGUGAAUUGUAUCAUUUGAACAUGUUACCUUUAUGCUCUAAGACAGUUCUGUGUGUGUUGCGAACUUGUUGCUCUCUCUUUUAGACUGAAACAAGGGAGUAGAGUUUCCUGUGCCCCCUGAUGUUUGAUACCACAGCAGCUAUGUAGAGAAUGUGAUGGUAAAUAUGGCAAAUGUGAUUGUGGUCAAAUUCACACUGCUGCUUAUUGUAGCUGAAAACCUGUAGAACUCUUGAAUGAAAUGGGUCUGUGUGGACCCACAACGUUAGCUAAACUCUGUUCUUUGUAUCAGUUUGGCAUAUUAGUCUGCUUACACAGGAAGCGCUCUUCUGGCCCUGUUACUGAUGGCUUCCCACCAAUAGUAUAUUUUAAAUACACUCCUGACUGUACCGAGAGCUCAUCAAGUUUUUACUGCUCACCACAUUAACUUGACAGCCACAAACUAGAUGAAAAAGCUCAAAAAACAGUAACUCCGCAGAUUUGUUUUAGUGUUUUCACAUGUUUGAAAUGCUGGUUGAACUGUCUCAGGUCAUGUGAGUAACUUGUUGGAAUUUUCAAAUAAAAGUAGUAUUUCCUUGUAAGCAUGAUGUAUUUUAGAGACCAUUUGAAUGGUCUCUGUGUCACAUCAGAAACUAAGAAUGUUUCUGAUGUUUGUGGUCUAAUGUAUCUUUAUUAUUUCCAAGAGACUUUUCCUUGUCAGUUUUUUUUUUUUUUUUUUUGUGUGUGUUUUUUUUCAAAAAUGUAGGCCGUUGUUUCACACACGGUGUUGACACCAUAGCUAUGAAUCUGCUCCUAGCUUUAAAGUCUUGUAGUCUUGCAAGAGCAUUAACUUUGCAAAUAUUAUUCCUAGUUUUAAAGGAAUAUCCUAUUGUAGCAACCUGUAAGCCUACUUUUGCAGAUUUUACACAGGUACAUGUACAGAAAACAGUGAUUAUGCUCUAAUUUACCCCAAAAGUCACCUAUAAUUUAUACUCUCAGUACACGGUUUUGUCACAUCAUAGAUGAAUAUGCACUUGUACCUGAAUUGUGAUUGUUUCAUUCAAAAGUGAACAUGAAUAAAUCUUUUUUUUCUAUGGAAAAUACAUCUUGUUAGUUUAUUUUCCACAGCUUAAACGAAUUAAGUGUAAGAUGUAGGAGGGGGGGCAAUGAUUCCCUCAUUUACUCCGUCUUUUUUUUUUUUGUAUCCUGAUGCCUGAAGCUCUUCAAGUAACAGUUUGAUGAAUAGACAGAUAAUCAGCUGAAUGAGUGGUGCGUGUUUCACAGUAUGUUAGUGUGAGCACCAGAGUUUGACCACCAUGACGUGGCUUGAAACUACCAAUGACAAGCAGAUAAAAGGUGCUUGAUGGAGCAUUAGAUGACAAAAUUGCCUCAUCAUAGACAUUACACUGUAUGUAAUGCACACAGAAUGAAACCGUGACAGUUUUUCAAAAUCGAUCAAAGCAAGCCUCAUACGUCGUUCAUGCUCCUCAGUCUGCCCUUAGAUUGACGAUUGCUCAUUAUAAUGAGCUGAAAACACAUACAACCACCAAUUUCAAACUUUAGAGUGG